CUCGGUGAGCCGUCAUGUAGCUCAGUAUCAGCACACGAAGUUUCCGCUUUCCAGGAGGGCAUUUUCAUGAAGUCCGUUACGCCAUCCGCCAUACGCGAUUCGCGCACGGAGAAAAAGUAGCCUAGAGCACUCCCCCAGCUGGUGCUUUUGGGGGGUCGUGAAGUUUUGGCCGAUGCUGCCUGUGCGCAUUGCAGGCAGAUGCCCUUGCAGCAGCCCUCAACUCAUCGCAGCCCAAGCAGCGCGACGCUUUGCCACAGCAGCACAGGAUGUAGACCUGGCUGCAGCACGAGGGCUGAGGGAGCUGACGGACGACGUGUUCGAGGCCGAGAUCAUCAGCAGCGGACAGCCAUGCGUCAUCGCAGCAUACGCUGAGUGAGAAAACAGAAAGAUCAUUCAAUGAUGUUCUUGUGGAUGUCAUUCAUCUCGAGAGCUUUCGUGUCAUUCAUUCUCUCGUGCGUUCAGGUGGUCCCGGCCCUCUGUGGAGUUCUGCAAUGGUCUGCAGCGGUUGUGCGAGAAGUUCCCCUUCUUCACAUUUGGUCAGUUUGACGUGACGGUCAACCCGCUGGUGUGCUCGAGGCAGGAGAUCCGCACCGUCCCCACCAUCCAGUUCAUCUACAAAGGCAAACUCACAGCGGGUAGGCACCUCAUACACGUGGGUGGGUGGCAUCACACACAGGACGGGAACCAUCAAUGGACAUCGCCUCGCCCUUUCCUCACUCACACCAGAGCUGUCGGGUCGUUUCUCUGAGUCGGAGGCGGCCCGGUUCUUGGAGCAUUCGUCUACCUACGUGACGGAGCCUCGGGGCCACAACGAUUCACUGAAGGGGUAAGUCUGGUCAUCCUCGGCUUCGGCUGGACAGCUGCAGAGGUGAUGUAAUCCUUCAAUGGAUCGAUGCACAGGGCGUGGCGGCGCUGUGAGGACGCUUCCGGCGCUGGGGACAUCGCCGCGGCUCAGAAUCUGCUAAUCAAGGCAAAUAAGACAGGCGCACUACGCAGAGAGGCGAGCUGACUUUCCUCCUGUGUGUCAUCCAUCCAUCAGUUGGAGAGCCACACUCAGGCCAACGAUGAAUGGGAGCAGUGGACCAAGGCUAGAGUGGCUCUCGAACGACGUAAGCAUGGCAUAGCAGCCCUAUAACAUCACACACACGGGUCCAUGACCACUUGCAUGUCACCUCUUACUUCGCUCAGUGGCUCUGACGGUCGGACCGGCCUACUGCCGCAACCCGAUAGACUUGGUGCAGCUCAGGCAAGAGCUCGAUGACCUAAUCGACACCUUCCCAGAAGAGCUCAGAGCUCCGAGGGUGGGUACGGGGGACAACACAACACGCCAUCCAUAUAAAUGGGAAACAUCCCUUCCCUCCUGUCGAUGUGGUUUGUGUUGUGUCUGCUGCAGCAUGCGCGAAUGGUUGGAUCAGCAGCCGUGCUGCUCUCAGACGAUCCCUCGAUGACGCUGACGGUGAGCAUCAGACGCGCCCAUGUGCCCCAUUGUGUGUGAGGCCUCUGUCUGUAUCGUAUCCAUCAUGGGUACAGGGUGUCCUUGAGGAGAUUGGCAGCCUCGAGUCGGCUGGCGGCGAUGUCGAGUAUCCCCUGCUGCCAGCACGGAAACAGACACAGCAGCCGGAGAACGCCGAAAAGGACGGCACAAGGCAACCCCAGACAGGUAGGGAUAGGAUACCACAUCACAAACAAGAGCCGCUUGUGUGUGGCAAUCCGAAGGUUUUUCGUUGUUCGUGUGUUUAUGCAGAGUUGGCCUUCUCGGUGACUCAGUCCCUUCGUCGCAGCAUCACCCAGACGUCGCCCGACGCGACUUUCGCCCCGCCAGCUGAGCCCCUCACUAGCGACGAAGAGCGGCUCGUGAGGCUGCAUCGCAUCGCCGCCUCCAAGUGCUUCAGGUGCGCUCGCAUGAGUGUGUCCAUGCUGGCAGGCAGCCGAGAGGUGGACGGGACGCGUGGAAAGGCUUUGUGUUGUUGGUCUGACUGAUGUUUGCAAUGCAGAGAGGGGCGCUACGAUGACGCAUUCGACCAUGCCAUCCAGGUAGGUAGCCUAUCGGUGCCUGUGGGUGAGAGUUCUGUGACGUGACGGUUCCACCCCAUUCAUUUGUGACGUCCGUCCGUCAGGGGUACCGUCUGGACACAUCCAAGGGCCGUCUGGUGUCCCAUCUCAACCACGAGAGGACCGCCCUCACCUCACGAGCUAUGCUUCAGAACCUCGCUACCGCUCUGGGUAGAUGUGUGUGCCCCAGCGGCCAAUGAGGCAGGCUCGUUGACUCGUUGUUCUCUCACUUGUUGGCCUGUGCAGGUGGGUCCCACCCGGCCAUGCAGGAGGCUCGUGCGAAGCUGGACGCCCUGUGCCACCCCGACGGCCCGCAGGUAAUGCGUCGCAUCCCGCCCUGCACCAAUGCCUUCGGAGGGAUCGGCAGAAGGGUACGCACCGCACACAUCACACACACACGGGGUUUGGUUUGAGCUGUCUGUGUUUGGUGUAUGGUGUGGCAUUGAUUGGUGGCUCAGGAGCGUGGCAACUGGCGCCGCAAGUGGACGUGGCACGGCCCCGACUGGAAGCCCCCCUGGGCACCCAAGGUGGCGUGGAAGCCCGAGGACUGGGCAUGGCCAUAGACAGACAUACAGGGAGGGAGAGGGAGAGCCAGACGGGAGAAGGGAGGGACACAGGGUUCGACAAACUACGUGCCGCACGGACCGGACCGCAUGUGCGCUGUAUCGUGUCAUUGUGGCGUAAGGGGAG